CCCAAAAAUGAGUUUCCCUUGUACCUGCCUGCACAUGCAUUGCACAGUCAUCCUAUUCCUAAUUUCCACCACAUGCUAAGCACAUCAACAUUGAAUAUUGCGUCAUUCAGAGGACUUUCCGAACCAAUACAAGUUCAUACAAAUGGGAACACCUCCUCAUGCUGGUCACUAUCCUAAUUCUUAUGAGUCGUUCCUUGAAACCCUGUGAGAAGAGAUUAAGAUGGAGAAGCCAACCAAGAAUGAGUGAUAAAUGUACAGUUGCACUGUCAGAACAAAAAAACCGAAACCAACAUUAAAGUUCGCGUCCACUGAGGAAUUUCUCUUGCCGGAAUUGUUGGGGGGGUUUCGCAAAAAGAGUUGCCUUUUUUUCCCCCUUCAUUCUUAUCCGUCUCCGAAAGUGGAUAAAUUAGAAGCAGUGUGGGAAUAAUAAUCUCUGAGAACAGAACAAGAGUCGGCCUUGAGCUUUUUCUUUUUUUCUGUGGGGCAGAAAUGGCAGGAGGGUCAUUUGCGCAAGGUGUGGCGAAGGAGAGAGCAGCUCAAUACAAGGGUAGAGUUACAGCUUAUGUCGUCAUCACCUGCAUCAUUGCCGCCGUUGGAGGAUCUCUCUUCGGCUAUGAUAUUGGGAUUUCAGGUGGGGUGACUUCCAUGGAUGAGUUCCUCCAGGAAUUUUUCCCGUCAGUAUACAGAAGUAAAGAGCACGCACAUGAAAGCAAUUACUGCAAGUACAACAAUCAAGGGCUUGCAUUGUUUACCUCAUCUCUUUACCUUGCUGGUUUAGUUGCAUCUCUAUUGGCGUCUCCAGUGACAAGGAAAUACGGGCGAAGGGCAAGUAUAAUUGGUGGUGGAAUCAGCUUUCUUAUUGGAUCAGCUCUCAAUGCAGCAGCUGUUAAUCUGGCCAUGCUUCUCCUAGGUAGAAUCAUGCUUGGUGUUGGCAUUGGAUUUGGAAACCAGGCAAUUCCAGUAUACUUGUCAGAGAUGGCACCAACCCACCUGCGAGGAGGCCUGAACAUGAUGUUUCAGGUGGCAACCACAUUCGGAAUCUUCACUGCCAACAUGGUCAAUUAUGGGACCCAGAAGCUUCACCCAUGGGGGUGGAGGCUCUCUCUCGGUCUAGCUUCUAUACCAGCCAUUCUGAUGACACUGGGAGGAAUUUUCCUUCCUGACACACCAAACAGCUUAAUAGAAAGAGGAUCAAAAGAAAAGGGAAGAAAGCUUCUUGAAAAGAUCAGAGGAACCAAAGAUGUUGAUGCAGAGUUCCAAGACAUUGUUGAUGCGAGCGAGUACGCUAACUCAAUAGAGCAUCCCUUUCGAAACAUGCUGGAAAAAAGAAACAGGCCAGAGUUGGUUAUGUCAAUUCUCAUGCCAGCGUUUCAGAUCCUUACUGGCAUAAAUUCGAUUCUGUUUUAUGCUCCUGUACUGUUUGAUAGUAUGGGAUUUGGAAGGAAUGCUUCUCUAUAUUCAUCUGCUUUGACAGGAGGAGUUCUUGCUUCAUCCACAUUUAUUUCGAUAGCAACAGUUGACAGAUUGGGACGCAGAGCUCUGCUCAUCAGUGGCGGAAUACAAAUGAUCACAUGCCAGGUUAUAGUGGCAAUAAUAUUGGGGCUAAAGUUCGGAGAAAACCAGGAACUAUCGAAGAGUUAUUCAAUAGUUGUUGUAGUUGUGAUUUGCCUGUUUGUUGUAGCUUUCGGAUGGUCAUGGGGUCCACUAGGGUGGACAGUGCCAAGUGAGAUAUUCCCAUUGGAAAUCCGAUCGGCAGGACAGAGCGUCACAGUUGCGGUAAAUCUUCUGUUCACGUUCAUAAUUGCCCAAAUUUUCCUUUCCCUCCUCUGUUCCUUCAGGUAUGGAAUCUUUCUCUUCUUUGCGGGCUGGAUCACCAUCAUGACCAUUGUAGUCUUCCUUUUUCUACCUGAAACCAAGGGAGUGCCCAUUGAAGAGAUGGUCUUUUUGUGGAGGAAGCACUGGUUCUGGAAAAGAAUUGUACCUCAAUUCCCAGAAGCCGAUGCAACUGAUGUGUAGGGUAUACAAUUUCAGUUGUCUUAGAAAAGAAGACUUGUAGAAAUUAUCAUGCUUUAACAUGCAAAAUGACUAAAGUAUAUGAUGAGAUGUAUACAAAUUGAAUGUAGCCAUGGAAUGGUAUUGUGUUAUCAUGUAUUUUAAAAAUUUUUCCGUUUGA